CUCUCAAUUCUUUCUUCUCUUGGAAACAGUAGGAAGGAAAAGAAUCAACAUAGUUAGUACAAAUGUAUUUUUGUAGGGGAACCAUUCUGCUUAAAUAUUCAACAUUAAUCCUCAUCUUUCUGCAAACAUGCAAUGCUGCUCGGAUGAUCGAAUCCGACUACUGUCCCCCUUCUGCUUGUGGCCAUAUCCGUAACAUAAGCUACCCUUUUCGCUUAAACACUGAUCCAAAAGAUUGCGGAGAGGAUCCAGAAUAUGAGUUAGCUUGUGAAGGUAACCAAACUGUCAUAUCGUUAUUCUCCAAGAAGCUGUAUGUGCAAGCCAUCAGCUAUAAUAAUGGGGCAAUUCACGUGGUAGAUCCAACUUUACAAACACAAGAUGAUCUAUGCUCUUUGAGAUCUCACGCUAACUUCAACCAAUACUAUAUAAUCUCUAAAUCAGAAACCUCUAAAUCAGAUCUUGUUGAAAUUACAAAGUUUCAAACAAUUGCAGAGCCCAUUUUCAUGUUCAACUGUCCAAUUGCUGUUAAUAAUUCUUCCACAUUUCUAGAAAUUAGAGGCUGCAAAUUUAGCAGAUACACUUAUAUAAAGAUUGGAGAAAUGCAUGUCGAUGAAGUGAGUGAUGGAUGCAGAGCAGAAUUUAUAGGCCUGACCUCAUGGCCUAAUAUUAUAAAUGCAGAGAACAACAUUUCCCUUUCUGAUUUUCAUCAAGCACUCCUCUACGGAUUUGACAUUUAUUAUCCGGAUCGGCAACGUUCUGAAGAAAGGAGGAGAAGUUUUCUUCAUAAUUUUAUUAUCGGUGUUAUUGAAUGGAUUCGCUGGAGCAGUAUACCGCUACUUCGGCUUGUCGCCAAGUACUAUUUUGGAGCAAAAUUUGUGAUCGGCCUUCCGUUAGUAAUUGUAUUUCUGGUGAUCAAAUUCAAAAGAAGGCAUUUGUCCAUGUAUGAUACUAUUGAAGGCUUUUUGCGAACACAAAAUAAUUUCAAGCCAAUCAGAUAUAAUUACUCCCACGUAAAGAGAAUGACCAGAGGGUACAAAGAGAAAUUAGGUGAGGGAGGU